UCAUCAUCAACAUAUACAUGUAUAUUGGAUUGCAUUCACUGAUGGAAAAUAUCACACAAAUAUCAUAAUAUUGUCUAACCCCAUUAUCUUGCUUGUCAUUUGGUGUGUUAUGACAUGUGUUCCUGGAUCAUGUUCGGAGUAGCUCUAUUAUUUUUUAUUUAUCUAUCCUUGUACUGACGGGCGUGAAAAUUAUGAGCCCUUUUUUAUCGUUGGUUGUAGGGUGAAAAAAAAUGAGGCCAGUAACACCGAAUUUUUUUUUUCACUACUGGCUAUCAGUCGAAUGGAUCUUCUCUCUCGAUCUUAUCAACAAGAAAAAAAAACUUUACCAGGAACCGGAUAUUGUGAUAUCUGAUGACAGGAUAUUCAUUAUUAUUUUCCAGAAAAAAACGUUAAAUUUAUUCGCAAUGAAAUUAUUAUCGGUAUUGUGGAUGAUUCUGAAUUACCAUGGCCACACACACACACACACAACGUGACAUAGCAGAUUAUUUAUUUAUAGCCAUCACCGCCACCAUCAUUGAAAACCGGGGGGGAAACAAAAUUACCACAAUCACUCUGGCCCGCCCCUCCCAAAACCCGAAACUAAAUCACACGCAGCCACCACCCAAUCUUAUAUUAUUAUUGAUGAUAAGAUUAUUUUUGUCAUCAUCAUCAACAACAAUAACAGCAUCAACAUCAAAUGGUUGUCGUGAUAUGACAAACUAAUACUUCAACAACAACAACAACAACAGAAGAACAAAAUUGUACAAACCACCACCAACAAAAACAUCACUUUUUUGUGACUUAUGUCUUUUUUUCAUUAUUGGAAUCCAUCGUCUGGUUGAUAUUAAGGAUAUGUAGGACAACGUAGUAUGGUUUUUUUUGGUUGAUGCUACACGAUUCUACAUUUAUCCCGUUUAUAAAAUAUGUUGCCGUCGUCGUCGUAUAAAUAUUUAACAUUUACCAAUAUUAUUGUCGCCAUGAUGACGAUGAGGAUUGAGAUUUUAGAAUGAUUGGUGCUGAGAUGAUAGUCAUCAUCAUCAUUUGUCGAAUCAUCGUUUGUAUAUGAUUGUCGAUAUUGUCAUUGCCGUUUUAUACCAUAUACACACACAAAGUGAUUCGAUUUUUUCCACCAGUUAUUUCCAGUUAAAUCUUUAUGUUCGAAGUAUAGUUUUGAUGAUUGGAUCAUCAACGGACCUCAUAGAAUCGUGUAAAUUUUUGUUUCAUUUGAUUGUGUGUGUGUUUGUGUUUUUGGUUCGACUUUAUCACCAUCAUCAUUCCUAAUCUUGCUUCGUGAAUUGUGGUGACCUAACACUGAGUCACCUUUAUUACUCUGGUCGUCUUUUUCAACAUAGAAAAAAAAACAAUGGGUGAUGAGCUAGAACGUUUACGGCGUGAAGCCGAAACUUUACGUGCAAAACUUGUUGCCGUACGUAAAUUGGCUGCCGAUACCAGUCUUAAACAACAAACAGCAAAUCUACAAUCGGUUGGUCGAUUACAAAUAAAGGCAAGAAAAACACUACGAGGACAUUUAGCCAAAAUAUAUGGAAUUCAUUGGUCAGGUGAUUCUCGUCAUCUUGUUUCUGCUUCUCAAGAUGGUAAACUUAUCGUUUGGGAUGGCUAUACUGGACAUAAAGUUCAUGCAAUACCAUUAAAAUCAUCCUGGGUAAUGACAUGUGCUUAUGCUCCAUCCGGUUCAUAUGUAGCCUGUGGUGGUCUCGAUAAUCUUUGCACUGUUUAUAAUUUACGUGCAAAUGAUGGCCGUGUCAGUAUCGUGCGUGAAUUAACCGGUCAUGAUGGUUACCUAUCAUGUUGUCGAUUCCUUAAUGAUAAUCAAAUUCUAACCACUUCCGGUGACAUGACUUGUGCUCUUUGGGAUCUUGAAACUGGUCAUCAAUUAACCGUAUUCGAAGGACAUACAGGUGAUGUUAUGUCAUUAUCAUUAGCACCAGAUGAACGAUCAUUCGUAUCUGGAUCAUGUGAUCAUUCGGCACGAUUAUGGGACCUACGUAAUGGUCUUUGUCAUCAAACAUUUACCGGUCAUGAUAAUGAUGUGAAUGCUGUUGUAUUUUUUCCUAAUUCACAGCUUUUAGCUACAGGAUCAGACGAUGCAACUGGUCGAUUGUUUGAUAUACGAUCCGAUCAACAGAUGGCCUGCUAUCAACAUUCGGAUAUUAGUUGUGGUCUAACAUCGGUUGCAUUUUCAAAAUCAGGUCGAUUAUUAUUCGGUGGUUAUGAUGAUUUUAAUUGCUAUGUUUGGGAUGUUCUUCGCGAAGAACGGGUUACCGUACUUAGUGGACAUGAUAAUCGUAUCGCAUGUUUAGGUGUUACCGAUGAUGGUGUUGCAUUAGCGACUGGAUCAUGGGAUACAUCAUUAAAAAUUUGGAACUGACCCUUGAAUUUCCAUUGUGGAUACCGAAGGCAAGAAAGAGUAUUAAAACAACACGUCUGUGCCCUGUGACCACAUUCACCCACCAUUUGUAUUAUGUAAUAUAUAUAAAAAGUAAUAUAUGAUUGUAUAAAAUGAUAAUAACCGAAUCUAUGAUUAUAUAAUGACAUUACAUUACAAACAAAUUUUCAAGAAAUAAUAUUUCAAUUUUUAUUCACACAC